UCACAACUUCUGAAGGAGUAGAUUAGUUUAGGCAUCUCAAAGACAGUGAUCAUUUUCCACUUCCUUCCUUAAGCGUAAAUAGGUAACUGAAACUACCUCUAAGCACAAUAUCCGCUCUGUUGAUAAAGAUUAGGAUAUAAAGAAUUAAAACUAUGAAAAAUACGAUUGUAGUGAUUCUUGCUUUAUCGGAAGACAAUGACGAGACUGAAAUAGUUGAAUGGUGGCGUCGAACUUAUUUGAAUCAUGCUAAAUCAGUUAUUGAUGUACUUCAAUCACAUGAAUCAUUCUCCACAAAACUAGUAACAUCGGCACAGAAAGAAAAAUUUGCUGCGUGGAAGAUCGAUGACAUUGUUACCGGUAUCGAUUUCAGUGAUUCCGUGUUGGUGAACGAAGCAGUAAAAGGUGUAUAUGGCGUAUUUGUGAUUACAGAACUCAAUUACAAGUCGCAUCAACCUUUAAAUGAUGAAGUCAAAAGGGGGCGUUUGAUAGCUGAUGUAUGUCUGAAUCUAGACAUUCCACAUGUUAUCUACAGUUCAUUAGUUCAUGAAAAUGCGGCUAUUGGACUUCGUUCUGAUGUCUGUGAUGCAAAAGCACAUAUUUCUGAUUACAUGGACAAAAUAAAACUAAAAAAGACAAUUUUAUAUGUUCCAUUUUUAUAUGAAGAUUUCACAAAUGGAUUUAUGAAACCGAUGAGAACAGAGAAUCCAAGCAUUCACAAAAUAGAGGCACCCAUCGGCCACAUUGCAAUGGACAUGAUGUCAAUGAGGGAUGUAGGAGUUUGUGUAAAAAGUUUGUUUGAAAACUCGACUCAUUGGGUCGGCAAAACUGUGGCUUUAUCAGGUGAUAGGAUGACGUUGCAUGAAUAUGCCACACAAAUGACAGAAACAACAUAUCCGAUAAUUAUACGAGAUGGAAAAUUGUCACCAGAAGACUUCUUGAAGGUAUUUGAUGUAACUGGAGCGGAGGAUAUGGCAAAUUAUUUCGAUUAUCUAACGAGAUCAGUUCAGCGCAACAAUUUGUCUACUACAAUGAUUCUACAUCCAGAAAUACAGUCGUUUUACGACUGGGUUAACCAAAACAAAGACUCUUUAAUUUCGUUAUUUCCGCAUGUUAACAAGAAUUUUCACAAUGGGCCUAUUUGCUAAUUAUGAAUUUUUUUAUUUGAGCAUUAUCCGAAAUUGAUUUUAAAAAUAUUAAUAUGUGCGGAGAUUAGUUUUUGAAUGACAUUA